CCCUGGUGCCGCGGGCUGGGGAGGUGGGACACGGCGGUGCCGGGGGAGCUUCUCCGCGGGCCCGUCCUUCCUCCGGGGCGCACGUCAGUGGGGGGGGGUAUCUCGGGCGGGUGAACCCCGCGGUGGAUGUGGCAGCGUUGCUCUCUGGCGUGAGGCCAGCAGCCCCAGGGAGCCCGCUGUGAUUUCAGGAUGCUACUUGUGAGCCUGGGGAGGGGACGUUUUGAGAAGGAGCCCCUAAGUAUUUCUGAAAAUGUAGCUAUGGUCCCUUUUGUUUCCGUGCUGGGGGAAGAGAGGAGCGGCCCUGGCUUUGCCGCGGGUCAGGGCUGUGCCUUCAGGGAGUUGGGGAGGCCCCUGGGCCGCAGGCGGGCAGCACUGACCUCAACCCUCUGCCUGCUGCGUCUCCCUGCUCCCAGACUUCCUCCCUCUGAAGUGCGAUGCCUGCGAGCAGAUCUUCUGCACCGACCACAUUGCUUACGCUCAGCAUGACUGCACCUCUGCCUACAAGAAGGAUGUGCAGGUCCCUGUGUGUCCCCUCUGCAACACCCCAGUCCCCGUGAGGCGGGGGGAGAUGCCUGAUGUCGUGGUGGGUGAGCACAUUGACCGUGACUGCAAGUCUGACCCUGCACAGCGCAAGCGCAAGAUCUUCACCAACAAGUGUUUGAAGCCUGGCUGCAAGCAGAAGGAGAUGAUGAAGGUGAUCUGUGACCAGUGCCACAAAAACUACUGCCUCAAGCACCGGCAUCCCCUGGACCAUGACUGCAGUGGGGCAGGGCGUCCCCUUUCCAAAGCAGGGCACGCUGCACUUGAAAGAGCCCAGGCAUCCUCCUCCAAAACAGUCACCACGUCAAGCAGUGGAGCUGCCCGGCCAGCAGACAGCCCCUCUUCUCCUGCCCCUGCCAGAGGCAGAGCAGCUGUGUUGCAGACUCACAGCACCACCCCUCCGGCUGUCAUGCUGCAGAAUGGGCUGAGCGAGGAAGAGGCACUGCAGCGAGCUCUGGAGAUGUCCCUGGCAGAGUCAGCACGCAGUUCAGCACAGGCACCCAGCAGCACACAGGAGGAGGAGGAUCUGGCACUGGCCCAGGCGCUGUCAGCGAGUGAAGCUGAGUACCAGCAAUCGCAGCGGCAGGCGCACGGUUCAAAGCCAUCAAACUGCAGCAUGUCGUAGGAGGUGAUACAGGGUGUGCCAGUGGAGGUGGCAUCCUGCUGUGACGUGAGGGGCGGCUCCAGCCUCCCAUGUGGAUGCCAUGGGGUUCUGGCCUGGACACUGACAACAAGAGCCCCUCGCCAGUGACAAGUCAUCUUCCUGGGGGCUGUAAGCAAGCUUCCCCACACACACACACCGACACCUCAGCCCUAGUACCUGUGUAAAAUCAGUGCAGCAAAUUGCUGAUGCUCCUGGAGAGGUGAAGACAGUGUGGGAGGAGGCUGAGCACACACUGACCAAAGCAAGCAGCAGCCCAGGGCUUGCACUUAGCCCGAGCUGCCAUGGCCAUGUUCCAGCACUGCUGGGACUGGGGGGUGAGGGCAGAGCCUGCCUGGAGGGGAGGGCCACAUGGGCACAUCUCUGCAUGCUCAGAUGUACACCUGGGAUGCAGGUGCCUGCUGCAGUAGUGGAGGGCUGGAUUUCAUGCUCCAGGGAGGGCCACACCAGCCCCUCAGCAAAGAGCAACUGGAGCUGGGAUGGUCUCUCACAUGGGCAUGGCACAGCUGAAUGUGCAGCCUCCCAGUAGCAUGAAGGCAGCCCCUUCCCUGCUCCCCAGGCCCUCGGUGCCUCCCCAGCUGUUUGCAUGUACAAGAGCACGUUGGGCCUUACCCUGACUCACCUGGGGCCUAGGACCUCUCUGAGACUGAAUGGAGCUGCAUUUCCUUUCUGUUUUAAUUUAAUUUAACAAGGGCUGUUAACUGAAAAGUAACCUCAGCACCGACUUGACUGUGCCAGUGUUGCUUGCAUGGGAGGGCUGCAGCUGCGUUCCUGCUGCUGUCUGCUCUCUGCUGCCCUAAACUAUCCCUGGGCCCUGUUUUAAUGCUGCUGGGGUGGGGCAGGACCCCCUCCCUCCUUCCAGCUGUGCUACAGGGGAUCCCCUCCAGGGUAGCUGCACAGACCCCCUUCUUGCAAACAGCUCUGAGCUUGAAACGAAGCCAGCCAUUCCUUGCUGGUGUUGGGAGGCAGGAGCUGACACCAGGUUGGGUGUAUUUGUCCUCCUGGCCUCUUUCAGAGGGAUCUGCAGCCAUACAGAGCAGUGCUGCUUUCCCACCCGCUCUAUCCAGCUUCCCUGCUGGAACCGCUCCUGCUUACAGCACGGGGCCGGCCUGUCCCCUCCCCAGCGGGUGGGGGGGGUAGUUAUCUGCUGGCGGUGCCUCCCUGGGGCAGGAACUGGGUUCAGGCGCGGCAGAGUGCUGAGACUUGUCAACGUGCUGCUUGAAAGAAAAUAAAAGCGUAGCGCAAGGUGUAGAGGUGCUUUGAGGGAGCAGCUGCUUGG